AUGCCUCGGCCGUCUGUUUACACUUGCCUGGCAGGUUGUCUACGCUCCAACACUUUGGCGUCCUUGUCACCAAGUCAUUCAGACUCCUUUUGCCAGCGUUUUUAUCUACUCUGUAAUCUGGAUGUCUCCAUUCACGUCGACUUUUUGUCUGUUGCCCGUACGUCUGAUUAUCUAUCUGACUGUUGUCUGUCUGUACAUUUGUUGUUGAUACUUAGUGCAUUCAUGCCGGUGUUCAACUCGACCCGUUCUGAUGUCCAUCCGGCUCUCUGUCGGUCACCCAUCCAGCCUGCCUGA